AAUUUGAAUGGACACCCUGGAAACGGGUGCGCCUUCCGACAUCACGAGUUAUUACACAAUGAUUCUAAGGAGAAGCCACAGAUUUCCACAACCGAAAGUGCGAACACUGCGUCAGCUCCACCUAGUCUGAAUUCGUCCGACUGCAAUACUCAUCGGACAGUUGUUAGCUCAGUCCUGUUCCGAUACUUACCAGUUGUGUUGUACGGAAAAACAGGAACAGUGCAUACAUAUGCCUUUAUCGAUGAGGGCUCUGAGCUUACUCUACUCGACCAAGAGAUCGCCGACAAGCUGCAGUUGGAAGGUGCCGAACGUCCGCUAUGCUUGCGAUGGACCGGCGGGACCGAACGAUGUGAAACGAACUCCCGUAUCUACAACCUUCAAAUUGCUGGCCCAAAGGAAGGUAACAAACGCUUCGACCUGAACGAUGUACGAACGGUAAAAGACUUGAUGCUGCCGCAGCAAACGCUGGAUAUGUGCAAACUAUCCGAGCAGUUCCAACAUCUCCGAGGACUGCCGAUCGAUUCGUACCGUGAUAUACGUCCUCGAAUCUUGAUAGGAACGAAGCAUGCACAUCUUGGCCUCGCGCUGAAAAACCGUGAAGGAGAAUUUGGACAGCCCAUUGCAGUCAAGUCACGACUGGGAUGGACGAUUUGCGGUGGAUCGGGACCAACUCGUGGAACAAACCUACACCAUUACAGUUUCCACAUUUGUCCUUGUAACAAUACAGAGGACGACGAUCUGCACCAGGCGAUGAAGAACUACUUCUCCUUUGACAGCCUUGGGCUAACCAAUACAAACCAUCCGCAUUUGCCCAUCGAAGAUCAGCGUGCGCUCUCUUUGCUGCAGUUACUCACCCGGCGAAAAGAAGAGCGCUUCGAAUCCGGGCUGCUCUGGCGGUACGACGAUGUCCGUCUGCCGGACAGUCAAUCUAUGGCUAUGCGCAGAUUCGAAUGUUUGAAAAAACGGAUGGUAAAAGAACCGGAGCUGCAGGUGAUUUUGCAAGCCAAGAUCGCUGAAUAUACGGCAAAAGGAUAUAUUCGAAAGCUCAGUGAGGAGGAAAUCAACCGAAAGGUCCCUCGGCGGUGGUACCUACCCGUUUUUCCCGUAACCAACCCCAACAAACCUGGGAAGGUACGCAUAGUAUGGGACGCAGCGGCCAGCGCCCACGGAACAUCACUAAACUCAGUUCUCUUAAAAGGGCCGGAUAUGUUGUGCUCUCUCCUCGCGAUCCUUCUACAGUUUCGAGAGCGUCGCAUCGGGCUAACUGGUGACAUUCGUGAAAUGUUUCACCAGGUGCUGAUUAGAGAAGAAGACCAACUCUGUCAGUGUUUCUUCUGGAUGAGCGAACGUGGUGAUACGGAGGUAUACGCCAUGCAGGUAAUGACGUUCGGAGCUUGCUGCUCACCGACUACAGCGCAGUUCGUGAAGAAUACCAACGCCGAUAGAUUUGUCAACGAAUACCCAAUAGCGCAUCAAGUCAUUACGAAGUCACACUACGUCGACGACAUGCUUUCUAGUGUUGAUACCGAGGAGCAAGCUAUUCAGUUAGCCAAAGACGUGAGAUACGUUCACCAGCAGGGCGGUUUUGAAAUACGAAACUGGGUUAGCAACUCCAAAACCGUUCUCGCUGCUUUGCAAGGGGAGAAUACCGACGAGAAAUGCCUCGAUAUGUCCACUGAGCUAGCCACUGAAAAGGUAUUAGGCAUGUGGUGGAAUACGAAUGAUGAUGUUUUCAUUUACAAAGUCGGAUGGAGCCGAUAUGACUCCCCACUCCUAGCAGGCCAACGACGACCAACGAAGCGAGAAGUUCUGCGUGUCUUGAUGACCAUCUUCGAUCCACUAGGAUUGAUUUGCCAUUUCCUCUCAUACCUGAAGAUCCUGCUCCAAGAUAUCUGGCGAUCUGGCGUACAGUGGGACGAGGAGAUAGCUAAUGAAGAAUACGAAAAGUGGCUCACAUGGUUGAAAGUUCUUCCUCGCGUCGAAAACGUGCGAAUUUCUAGGUGUUAUAACUCGGACUAUCUCGAAACCGAUAACCUCCAGCUCCAUACGAUGGUUGAUGCCAGCGAAAACAGCGCAGCCGCUGUUUGUUAUCUACGUUUCACCAGGGACGAUUCUAUCCGUUGCUCUAUUGUUGCAGCGAAAAGCCGAGUCGCACCAAUAAAGUUCACCUCGAUACCUAGACUGGAAUUAAUUGCCGCAGUCAUCGGCGCUCGCUUAGCACGAUCAGUCGAGGAAUCGCUAACGUUCCGGAUCCACAGGAAGCUGUACUGGUCUGAUUCUAGGGAUGUCCUCUGCUGGAUACACUCGGACCAUCGUCGAUAUAGUCAGUUCGUCGGUCACAGAGUCAGCGAAAUCCUCGAAACCUCCGAGCCACACGAAUGGCGGUGGGUGCCUGGUAAGCAAAAUCCUGCCGACGAUGCCACAAAGUGGAGUAGCAUUCCGGAGUUAUCAUCUGAGGACAGGUGGUUUAAAGGCGCCGAUUUCCUUUGGCGCACUGAAGAAGAAUGGCCGGCAUCAUCGAUUAAAAAUUACGCCACGGAGACCGAACUCCGCCCUUCCCUACUGGCGCAUCACACCCCACUAGACCCUUUCAUCUGCGUCAAUGAGUUCUCGAGUUGGGAGAGAUUACGCAGGGUAGUCGCAUAUGUUCAUCGCUUCGUCACUAACUGUCGUCAGACCCGCUCUGGAAACUCGACGACCACCGGGCCGCUUUCUGCGCACGAACUCAUAACCGCCGAGUGUACGCUUAUUCGUCUCGCUCAGUUCGAAUGCUUUCCCGACGAAGUCUCGGUUCUUAAAAUGCCAUCCUCAAGCGAAGACGCACCCACGAGAACCGUCCCCAAGACCAGUAAUUUGUUUCAACUGACACCAUGGCUGGACAGCAAUGGGAUCAUGCGAAUGCGAAGCCGCAUCGCGGCAUGUCACUACGCCACCGAGGAUGCCAAACAGCCCAUAAUACUCGCCCAAAAGCACCACACCACCAGCCUGAUCGUCAGACAUUAUCACUGCAAAUACCAUCACCUUAACCACGAAACGGUGAUCAAUGAGAUCAGGCAGAAAUAUCAAAUUCCGCGCUUGCGCGUCUGUUACCAACAAGUUCGUAAAGCCUGCCAGACGUGUAAGAACAACCACGCAGCACCAACUCCACCGUACAUGGCCGACCUUCCACCCGCCCGCCUUGAAGCUUUUUCACGGCCAUUCACCCACACCGGGGUCGAUUACUUCGGUCCAAUCGAAGUCACCAUCGGAAGAAGAGUCGAGAAGCGCUGGGGGAUGUUAGCCACAUGUCUGACCGUCCGAGCGAUCCAUCUAGAGGUCGUACAUUCCCUUAGCGCGAGCUCGUGCAUCAUGGCGCUCCGAAACUUCAUGGCACGUCGUGGCACACCUCGGAAGAUCUACAGCGAUCGUGGAACGAACUUCGUGGGAGCAAAUCGAGAGCUACUGCAGCUAUACGAAGCAGUUAACCAGCACGCGCUCAUGACGGAGUUUGCCGAUUCAGGAGUUGAAUGGGUCUUCAAUCCACCUCUCUCACCGCACAUGGGCGGUAGCUGGGAAAGGCUAAUCCGCACCGUAAAGAACAACCUCACAGCAGUGUGUUCGUCGGCAAGGCAGUCCGACGAGGUAUUGAGAAACUUACUCACAGAAGUAGAAAAUAUCGUAAAUUCGAGGCCACUAUCCCACGUACCGAUAGACGAGGACUCGGCCCCAGCGCUGACACCAAACCACUUCCUUCUCGGAUCGUCGAACGGAUGCAAACCGCUUACCAACUUGGACUACAGCGGAGCAGCACUUCGUCAGAACUGGCUGACGUCCCAGGUUCUGGCAAACCUUUACUGGCGGCGGUGGGUGUCAGACUACCUACCGGAAAUCACCCGCAGAACCAAGUGGUUUGAACGACCCAAGCCCAUAUCCAUUGGAGAUGUAGUGGUCAUUGCCGACCCAAAUAUGCCCCGCAACUGUUGGCCGAAGGGGAAAAUAAUCGGUACCAGAGUCAGUGUAGAUGGCCAGGUUCGAUCAGCUACUGUGAGGACAACAAGAGGUAUCUACGAGCGCCCAGCGACAAAAUUGGCAGUCCUAGAUGUCCAACGCGUCGAUAAGUAAGCCAACCGGAAGUUUGCGUACCGUGGGGGAGUGUUGGCCUACCCCAUUAGGCCAGCGCGCACAUCUAUAGACACGGUAUCUACACUGUUCGUUACCACACGAGCGCUGCGAUGGAUGACAUGGGAGUGACAGGUAUACGACCUGUCACCGGGUGAGUCUACGAAGAGAUGACAAAAACGAACUGUGUUAUGCAGAUGUGUAGUGAUAAAUAUCUCCCUAAAAUUAGCUUAUUUCUAUUAUGCCCCUUGAAUUAGAACCUAAAAUAAGUGAAUUUUAAAUACUAUUUUCCCCAUCCAUAAUUUCAACGCUGAAUUGGUAAGAUUAGUUCCGUUAAAAGUGCUUUACAUCAGUUCUAAUAUUGACUUGUAUUAGGUAACCUAAAUCACACAACAUCUCCCUCCCAUUGAAUUUCGCCCAGAGCAACCAAAUCACUAUCGAUCCCGAUCUGUAACAAAACUCGUCUAGAUCACGACACAUAAGGGAACUAAACGUAAGUAAAAAUGAUAAUCAAUUUAAUUCACUGUUACCAUAUAUUGGACUGCCUGUAUGUUGCUAGACAGGGGUUCACAAAUCAAUCUUCACGUAGCAUUUGUUCAAUAUUGUUAGUUAUUCCUAAAAUCGAAUGAUUGUAAUUCUAAGAUGAUCCGUAUUUCCCUUUAGGAAAAUUAUAUUCUCUACGUUAUUACCACAAACCGGAUCGCGUGUUCUUAUUUCACUUCCGGUGGAGAAUCAUAAUUCCGGAAAAUCCCUCACGUUGGACCAAAUCCAACACAUUCUAUAUUGCACUAUUCCACUUAACAAUAUUUAUUAAGUUCCUUGGUUUUGAGUAUCAGAAUAGUUAUUUAUGCAAAAAGUUGCAAAAUGAUGAUUUUUUCAGCACCAGUCGUACAUUUAUCCAACGAGGCUUGCCGAGUUGGAUAAAUACCACGAGUGCUGAAAAAAUCGAGUUUUGCAACGAGUUGCAUACAAAGUUUUUUGUAAUUGCAAAAAAUACCCAUUCAGUAUAAUCUUGCUACACGUACAUGUAUCAAGACGAACCACGUGGCAACAUUUAUGCGCGUCAGCGUAAAGCUUUUGUUUGAUCAGGUAGGCUAUGAUAGGGUAGGUGUCAGAAAUUUGCAAACUCCCGUCGUCGUCAUACCGCAACCGCACCAUGGGCAAGAGCAAAAGUAGCUUCAGCUGCUGCUUCUACGCCUGAUCUGCAGUCUUAAGCGCAGUUUCGAGUUCAAAAGGAAUCGCUCAAGAAACUUCUUGAGCGAUUCCUGGCAGAAACUUUCUACGGUGACUGCCAUUUGAAUUGUCAUUCCUUCGCAACUGCGUACUGGGAUCGAAGAAAAACGGUUUCUUGGGCGAUUCAGGCAAGGAAUUUUUCAUGCAUCAAGAUAGGCCAAAAAAUUCCUUCUGAACUGCAAAUAGCCCUUUAAUCUGAA